AAUUAGCGAAGCCCUAGUUUUGAUUUGGGGAAAAUUUGAACUCGUACCAAUAAUUCGGUGAAGAUGAAGAGGGGAUUGAAAUGGAGCGACGGCGACGACGAUGAUACGUCGUCGUCCGACGACAACUCAGCUCCCGAAACCAACUCCCAAGAUGAUUCUGCAAAGAAAAAAAGGAAAGGCAUAGAUUUUGAAGCUCUGAGUCGACACGGAUACAGAGGGGGGCUAUCGGUGUUGAAGGUGCCGCCUCCCAAGGAGGCGGAGAAGGAGCAGGACUGGUCCUGGUGCUCGGGGAAGGAGCAGAAGUCGAAAGAGGCAGAAGAGGAAUCUUUCAAAGAACGACAGAAAACUCGAGAUGCUCUAGCUGAUGGCGAGCAGCUUGCACAUGUUCUGACCCGGAAGGAGAAGAACAACCUCUCCUUCCAACAGAAGGAGAAGAGGAAACGGGAUCUUGGCCAAGCGAGCAGAGGCAAGAACUAUGUUGAAGAAGAAAAGAGGCUGCUUAGAGACAACGGGGUUUACUCUGGUUUCGACUCUUGAUUUAUAUAAGUUCUUAGGUGUUGCAGAACUCAAUCUUGAUUCUUGAUCAAAGUUGUUGAUGAGAUUCUCUUUAAAUGGAUUAAGUAAUACUUUAAAUGUUUGUUGUUUGA